CCUUACUUCCGGCCUGUGCUUUCCACACACGGGAAGUGGGUGAUCAUCGAUUGCUGCAGCCUCUCACUGUCGGUCGAGGUCAGGAUGAACAAGGACGGGAGUCACAUGUCUGAGAGGAUCCUAAAUCUCACCCUGGAGAUCAUCUAUCUGCUGACUGGGGAGGAUUACACCAUAGUGAGGAAGAUAUCUGUUGAAUGUGAGACACCCAGCAGCCUUCCCGUUGUGUCAGGAGUACUGAGCAGGACCCAGAGCCCCAUCACGGUGCUUCCACCUCACUCACUGAUACAUGAGAGACACAAUGACCAGAAGAUCCUGGAACUCACCAACAAGAUCAUUCAGCUGCUGACUGGAGAGGAGUGGGAGAAUAUAGAGGAACACAGGGGUCUGUACAAGGACGUGAUGAUGGAGAAUCACCGGCCCCUCACAUCACUGGGUAAGAGGAGACUGUCAUGUAUUGUACAGGGGAGAGCAGAUGGGCCCAGUAACAGAGAUACCCCAGAGAGAUGUCCCCGUCCUCUGUAUUCCCAGGAUUGUACAGAGGAGAAUCACAGUACCCCACAGGAGGAUCAGGGUGAAUCUCUUACAAAUAUGACGGCAGAAGAUAUAGAGGGAGAAGUAGAGACGUAUGUAACUGAUAUGAGGGCAGAAGAAACUGAGGAAGAAGAAGAGACAUAUGUGACCGAUAUGAAGGCAGAAGAUACAGAGGGAGAAGAACAGACAUAUGUGACUGAUAUGAAGGCAGAAGAUAUAGAGGGAGGAGAAGAGACGUAUGUGACUGAUAUGAAGGCAGAAGAUACAGAGGGAGGAGAAGAGACGUAUGUGACUGAUAUGAAGGCAGAAGAUAUAGAGGGAGAAGAAGAGACGUAUGUGACUGAUAUGAAGGCAGAAGAUACAGAGGGAGAAGAACAGACGUAUGUGACUGAUAUGAAGGCAGAAGAUAUAGAGGGAGAAGAAGAGACGUAUGUGACUGAUAUGAAGGCAGAAGAUACAGAGGGAGAAGAAGAGACAUAUGUGACUGAUAUGAAGGCAGAAGAUACAGAGGGAGAAGAAGAGACGUAUGUGACUGAUAUGAAGGCAGAAGAUAUAGAGGGAGAAGAAGAGACGUAUGUGACUGAUAUGAAGGCAGAAGAUAUAGAGGGAGAAGAAGAGACGUAUGUGACUAAUAUGAAGGCAGAAGAUAUAGAGGGAGAAGAAGAGACGUAUGUGACUGAUAUGAAGGCAGAAGAUAUAGAGGGAGAAGAAGAGACGUAUGUGACUGAUAUGAAGGCAGAAGAUAUAGAGGGAGAAGAAGAGACGUAUGUGACUGAUAUGAAGGCAGAAGAUACAGAGGGAGAAGAACAGACGUAUGUGACUGAUAUGAAGGCAGAAGAUAUAGAGGGAGAAGAAGAGACGUAUGUGACUGAUAUAAAGGCAGAAGAUAUAGAGGGAGAAGAAGAGAUGUAUGUGACUGAUAUGAAGGCAGAAGAUACAGAGGGAGAAGAAGAAAUGUAUGUGAGGGAAGAUCAGCAGUGUAUGGAGGCCAAAAUCCCUUCAGAUAUCAGCACAGGUGAAUGCAACAGAAGAAAUAUAUUGGCUGAACGUCCCAUUGUAUCGCGAGAUUGUGAAAUUGAAGCUAAAGAUAUCAUGCGAGAUUCUCUGGAAAACUCUGUGAUCCCAAUUCUACAUCCAGAGCCUCAAAGUGCAGAUAUAUUAUCUCUUACCUCUAACCAAGAGGAAUUUUCACCUGUUAACUCAGAUAUUGGUCCGUCCAUCACAUCUCUUAGAGAAGAUACAAUAUUUCCCAGUACUGUACAGGACAAAUGCUUUACACAGAGCACGAAGCUUAUUACCCAUCAGCCACCUGAGACAGGCGAGAGGCCAUUUCCAUGCUGUAAGUGUGGAAACUGUUUUUCACAGAAAUCACAUCUUCUUCUACAUGAGAGAAGUCACACCGGUGAGAGGCCAUUUUCCUGCUCUGAAUGUGGAAAAUGUUUUAAACUCGAAUCACAGCUUGUUAAACAUCAGAGAAGUCACACAAGUGAGAGGACAUUUCCAUGCUCUGAGUGUGGGAAAUGUUUUACAUGCAAAUCACAGCUUGUUAUACAUGAGAGAAGUCACACAGGUGAAAAACCAUUUCGAUGUUCUGAGUGUGGGAAAUGUUUUACAUGCAAAUCAUAUCUUGUUAAACAUGAGAGAAGUCACACAGGUGAGAAACCAUUUCCAUGUUCUGAGUGUGGGAAAUGUUUUAAUCAGAAAUCAGAUCUUGUUAUACAUGAGAGAAGUCACACAGGUGAGAAACCAUUUCCAUGUUCUGAGUGUGGGAAAUGUUUUACACGCAAAUCAUAUCUUGUUAAACAUGAGAGAAGUCACACAGGUGAGAAACCAUUUCCAUGUUCUGAGUGUGUGAAAUGUUUUAAUCACAAAUCAGAUCUUGUUAUACAUGAGAGAAGUCACACAGGUGAGAAACCAUUUCCAUGUUCUGAGUGUGGGAAAUGUUUUACUUGCAAAUCAGCUCUUGUUAAUCAUUAUAGAAGUCACACAGGUGAGAGGACAUUUCCAUGCUCUGAGUGUGGGAAAUGUUUUACAUGCAAAUCACAGCUUGUUAUACAUGAGAGAAGUCACACAGGUGAGAAACCAUUUCCAUGUUCUGAGUGUGGGAAAUGUUUUACACGCAAAUCAUAUCUUGUUAUACAUGAGAGAAGUCACACAGGUGAGAAACGAUUUCCAUGUUCUGAGUGUGGCAAAUGUUUUAAUCAGAAAUCAGAUCUUGUUAUACAUGAGAGAAGUCACACAGGUGAGAAACCAUUUCCAUGUUCUGAGUGUGGAAAAUGUUUUGCACACAAAUCACAGCUUGUUAUACAUGAGAGAAUUCACACAGGUGAGAAACCAUUUCCAUGUUCUGAGUGUGGGAAAUGUUUUACUUACAAAUCAACUCUUGUUAAUCAUUAUAGAAGUCAUACAGGUGAGAGGACAUUUCCAUGCUCUGUGUGUUGGAAAUGUUUUGCACACAAAUCACAGCUUGUUAUACAUGAGAGAAGUCACACAGGUGAGAAACCAUUUCCAUGUUCUGAGUGUGGGAAAUUUUUUACACGCAAAUCAUAUCUUGUUAUACAUGAGAGAAGUCACACAGGUGAGAAACCAUUUCCAUGUUCUGAGUGUGGGAAAUGUUUUAAUCACAAAUCACAUCUUGUUAUACAUGAGAGAACUCACACAGGUGAGAAACCAUUUCCAUGUUCUGAGUGUGGGAAAUGUUUUGCACGCAAAUCACAUCUUGUUAUACAUAAGAGAAGUCACACAGGUGAGAAACUAUUUCCAUGUUCUGAGUGUGGGAAAUGUUUUACAUGCAAAUCAAAGCUUGUUAUACAUGAGAGAAGUCACACAGGUGAGAAACCAUUUUCGUGUUCUGAGUGUGGGAAAUGUUUUACAUGCAAAUCAAAGCUUGUUAUACAUGAGAGAAGUCACACAGGUGAGAAACCAUUUCCAUGUUCUGUGUGUGGGAAAUGUUUUACUUUCAAAUCAACUCUUGUUAUGCAUCAGAGAAGUCACACAGGUGAGAAACCAUUUCCAUGUUCUGAGUGUGGGAAAUGUUUUAAUCACAAAUCAGAUCUUGUUAUACAUGAAAGAAGUCACACAGGUGAGAAACCAUUUCCAUGUUCUGAGUGUGGGAAAUGUUUUGCACGCAAAUCACAUCUUGUUAUACAUGAGAGAAGUCACACAGGUGAGAAACUAUUUCCAUGUUCUGAGUGUGGGAAAUGUUUUACUUACAAAUUACAUCUUGCUGUGCAUGAAAGAAGUCACACAGGUGAGAAGCCAUUUCCAUGUUCUGAGUGUGGGAAAUGUUUUACUCUCAAAUCAAAUCUUGUUAAACAUCAGAGAAGUCACACAGGAAAAGCUAAGGGAAAAAGUGAUCGCAAGCCCCAAUACAACAAGUCUGGUAAGACUAAAAACAUUGGGCUAACAGGGGGCCGGCUUCCAAAUCAGAAAAUAUUCCAUCAGUCUGAUGGUGCGGGCCUCCACCUGGGGGACCCCAGGCGGUGUCGCAUACUCCUGCGGCCUGUUCCCGGGUACUUGCAGUGGAGAUGCUACGGCUUUAGGCACACGGUCGCAGACGCUCUCCUGGUUUGUGUAGCUGCUACGGGGAGAAGGAUGAACAAGGACGGGAGUCACAUGUCUGAGAGGAUCCUAAAUCUCACCCUGGAGAUCAUCUAUCUGCUGACUGGGGAGGAUUACACCAUAGUGAGGAAGAUAUCUGUUGAAUGUGAGACACCCAGCAGCCUUCCCGUUGUGUCAGGAGUACUGAGCAGGACCCAGAGCCCCAUCACAGUGCCUUCACCUCACUCACUGAUACAUGAGAGACACAAUGACCAGAAGAUCCUGGAACUCACCAACAAGAUCAUUCAGCUGCUGACUGGAGAGGAGGAGGAGUAUAUAGAGGAACACAGGGGUCUGUACAAGGACGUGAUGAUGGAGAAUCACCGGCCCCUCACAUCACUGGAUGGACCCAGUAACAGAGAUACCCCAGAGAGAUGUCCCCGUCCUCUGUAUUCCCAGGACUGUACAGAGGAGAAUCACAGGACCCCACAGGAGGAUCAGGGUGAAUAUCUUACAAAUAUGAUGACAGAAGAUCUAGAGGGAGAAGUAGAGACGUAUGUAACUGCUAUGAAGGCAGAAGAACUGGAAGGAGAAGAGACGUGUGUGACCGAUAUGAAGGCAAAAGGUAUAGAGGGAGAAGAAGAGACAUAUGUGACUGAUAUGAAGGCAGAAGAUAUAGAGGGAGAAGAAGAGACGUAUGUGACUGAUAUGAAGGCAGAAGAUACAGAGGGAGAAGAAGAGACAUAUGUGACUGACAUGAAAGCAGAAGAUACAGAGGGAGAAGAGACGUCUGUGACUGAUAUGAAGGCAGAAGAUAUAGAGGAAGAAGAAGAGACGUAUGAGACUGAUAAUAAGGCAGAAGAUAUAGAGGGAGAAGAAGAGACGUAUGUGACUGCUAUGAAGGCAAAAGGUAUAGAGGGAGAAGAAGAGACGUAUGUGACUGAUAUGAAGGCAGAAGAUAUAGAGGGAGAAGAAGAGACGUAUGUGACUGAUAUGAAGGCAGAAGAUAUAGAGGGAGAAGAAGAGACGUAUGAGACUGAUAUGAAGGCAGAAGAUAUAGAGGGAGAAGAAGAGACGUAUGUGACUGAUAUGAAGGCAGAAGAUAUAGAGGGAGAAGAGACGUCUGUGACUGAUAUGAAGGCAGAAGAUAUAGAGGGAGAAGAAGAGACGUAUGUGACUGAUAUGAAGGCAGAAUAUACAGAGGGAGAAGAAGAAAUGUAUGUGAGGGAUGAUCAGCAGUGUAUGGAGGACAAAAUCCCUACAGAUAUCAGCACAGGUGAAUGUAACAGAAGCAAUAUAUUGGCUGAACGUCCCAUUGUAUCGCGAGAUUGUGAAAUUGAAGCUAAAGAUAUCAUGCGAGAUUCUCCGGAAAACUCUGUGAUCCCAAUUCUACAUUCAGAGCCUGAAAGUGCAGAUAUAUCAUCUCUUACCUCUAACCAAGAGGAAUGUUCACCUGUUAACUCAGAUAUUGGUCCGUCCAUCACAUCUCUUAGAGUAGAUACAAUAUUUUUCAGUACUGUAGAGGACAGAUGUUUUACACAGAGCACGAAUCUUAUUACCCAUCAGCCACCUGAGACAGGUGAGAGGCCAUUUCCAUGCUGUGAGUGUGGAAAAUGUUUUAAACUCAAAUCACAGCUUGUUAUACAUGAGAGAAGUCACACAGGUGAGAGGACAUUUCCAUGCUCUGAGUGUGGGAAAUGUUUUACAUUCAAAUCACAGCUUGUUAUACAUGAGAGAAGUCACACAGGUGAGAAACCAUUUCCAUGUUUUGAGUGUGGAAAAUGUUUUAAUCACAAAUCAGAUCUUGUUAUACAUGAGAGAAGUCACACAGGUGAGAAACCAUUUCCAUGUUCUGAGUGUGGGAAAUGUUUUGCACACAAAUCUCAGCUUGUUAUACAUGAGAGAAGUCAUACAGGUGAGAAACCAUUUCCAUGUUCUGAGUGUGGGAAAUGUUUUACACGCAAAUCAUAUCUUGUUAUACAUGAGAGAAGUCACACAGGUGAGAAACCAUUUCCAUGUUCUGAGUGUGGGAAAUGUUAUAAUCACAAAUCAAAUCUUGUUAUACAUGAGAGAAGUCACACAGGUGAGAAACCAUUUCCAUGUUCUGAGUGUGGGAAAUGUUUUGCACGCAAAUCACAUCUUGUUAUACAUGAGAGAAGUCACACAGGUGAGAAACUAUUUCCAUGUUCUGAGUGUGGGAAAUAUUUUACUUGCAAAUCAACUCUUGUUAAUCAUUAUAGAAGUCACACAGGUGAGAGGAUAUUUCCAUGCUCUGAGUGUGGGAAAGGUUUUACAUGCAAAUCACAGCUUGUUAUACAUGAGAGAAGUCACACAGGUGAGAAACCAUUUUCAUGUUCUGAGUGUGGGAAAUGUUUUAGUUGCAAAUCAUCUCUUGUUAUACAUCAGAGAAGUCACACAGGUGAGAAACCAUUUCCAUGUUCUGAGUGUGGGAAAUGUUUUAAUCACAAAUCAACUCUUGUUAAACAUCAGAGAAGUCACACAGGUGAGAGGACAUUUCCAUGCUCUGAGUGUGGGAAAUGUUUUGCACACAAAUCACAGCUUGUUAUACAUGAGAGAAGUCACACAGGUGAGAAACCAUUUCCAUGUUCUGAGUGUGGGAAAUGUUUUACACGCAAAUCAUAUCUUGUUAUACAUGAGAGAAGUCACACAGGUCAGAAACCAUUUCCAUGUUCUGAGUGUGGGAAAUGUUUUAAUCACAAAUCAGAUCUUGUUAUACAUGAGAGAAGUCACACAGGUGAGAAACCAUUUCCAUGUUCUGAGUGUGGGAAAUGUUUUGCACGCAAAUCACAUCUUGUUAUACAUGAGAGAAGUCACACAGGUGAGAAACUAUUUCCAUGUUCUGAGUGUGGGAAAUGUUUUACUUACAAAUCACAUCUUGCUAUACAUGAGAGAAGUCACACAGGUGAGAAGCCAUUUUCAUGUUCUGAGUGUGGGAAAUGUUUUUCUAACAAAUCACAGCUUGUUAAACAUGGGAGAAGUCACACAGGUUAAAAGCCAUUUCCCUGCUCUGAAUGUGGGAAAUUUUUUGCACACAAAUCACAGCUUGUUAUACAUGAGAGAAGUCACACAGGUGAGAAACUAUUUCCAUGUUCUGAGUGUGGAAAAUGUUUUGCACACAAAUCACAGCUUGUUAUACAUGAGAGAAGUCACACAGGUGAGAAACCAUUUCCAUGUUCUGAGUGUGGGAAAUGGUUUGCACACAAAUCACAGCUUGUUAAUCAUUAUAGAAGUCACACAGGUGAGAGGACAUUUCCAUGCUCUGUGUGUGGGAAAUAUUUUGCACACAAAUCACAUCUUGUUAUACAUGAGAGAAGUCCCACAGGUGAGAAACUAUUUCCAUGUUCUGAGUGUUGGAAAUGUUUUACUUGCAAAUCAUCUCUUGUUAUACAUCAGAGAAGUCACACAGGCGAGAAACCAUUUCCAUGUUCUGAGUGUGGGAAAUGUUUUACUUACAAAUCACAUCUUGCUAUACAUGAGAGAAGUCACACAGGUGAGAAGCCAUUUCCAUGUUCUGAGUGUGGGAAAUGUUUUACUAACAUCACAGCUUGGUAAACAUCAGAGAAGUCACACAGGUUAAAAGCCAUUUCCCUGCUCUGAGUGUGGGAAAUGUUUUGCAGAAAAUCAACUCAAUAUUUCUAGAGAGGAUAUUCUAGAGUUGGCUUUGACAUAAAUGGACAUCAGCAGACGCAGCCUAAUUAAUAAAGGGAAUGGAAAAGUUAUAAAGAGUUUAGAAAAUAUUUGUUUAAUUUGUAUAAAAAAACAAGCCCUAAUUAAAAUAUAUAAAUAUAUUUGAGAUAUAUACAAGAUUUAACAAGCACAUCACACUGUGCUCAUGUACAAUUUUACCAUUAUUUUUAUGAUUGUAUUUUUUUCUUGUUUUUAUUUUUUUAUUAAUACUUUACAAACAAUAUAGUACAGGCAAUUUAUUACAUGUUACUGGCGCUGUGCAAACUACGUAGAUAUAGAAAAAAGGAUGAUACUUUGUAUCAAACAUUAAUAAAGUGUAAAUGUAAUUAUUAUAAAAUGUAAUUUGCAUAAAAAGUCUCAAUAAA